AUGCAGCGGCCGGGGGAGCCGGGCGCUGCGCGCUUCGGGCCGCCCGAGGGCUGCGUCGACCACAGGCCGCACCGCUACCGCAGCUUCAUGAUAGAGGAGAUCCUCACUGAGCCACCAGGGCCCAAGGGCGCCGCACCCGCCGCCGCUGCCGCCGCCGCCGGCGAGCUGCUUAAGUUCGGAGUGCAGGCGCUGCUAGCCGCGCGGCCCUUCCACAGCCACCUGGCGGUAUUGAAGGCUGAGCAGGCGGCAGUGUUUAAGUUCCCGCUUGCGCCGCUUGGCUGUUCUGGGCUGGGCUCAGCGCUGCUGGCCGCUGGGCCUGGGCUGCCCAGCGUUGCAGGCGCACCGCACCUGCCUCUGGAGCUGCAGCUCCGUGGGAAGCUGGAGGCACCGGGCACCGGGGAGCCAGGCACCAAGGCCAAGAAGGGACGUCGGAGCCGCACCGUGUUCACCGAACUGCAGCUGAUGGGCCUAGAGAAACGCUUCGAGAAGCAGAAGUAUCUCUCCACACCAGACAGAAUAGAUCUUGCUGAGUCCCUGGGCCUGAGCCAGUUGCAGGUGAAGACUUGGUACCAGAAUCGGAGGAUGAAGUGGAAGAAAAUAGUGUUGCAGGGAGGCGGCCUGGAGUCCCCUACCAAGCCCAAAGGGCGGCCCAAGAAGAACUCCAUCCCCACCAGUGAGCAGCUCACUGAGCAGGAACGAGUGAAGGAGGUGGAGAAGCCGGCGGAGGUUCCGGGUGAGGUCGGCGACAAGGGCCGCGAGGACUGA